AUGCCAACUGCACCCGGUGAACCUCUGCCGACGCCCUCUGCGCAAGUUCUGAACGCCGAACAACAAUCCCGCACCUCCAGUCCUCGGGUGGCAACGCCCAGAUCGGUAUCUCUUGCGCCGCCCCCUAACCCCGACAUUCAGGGUAGACCGCAACUCAAUGCCCCGGCUGCUGAACGUUCUGGCACCCAGCUUGAUGCUGUGUUGGCUCGAGACCGCGAUAUCCUGUCCCAGGUCCCGGUAUUAGCAUCGCUGGCAGUCCCGACUACGAUCAACCCCGCGCUUAUCAAUCCUUCUCCGCCGACCGCCCCACUCGCCGUGGAUGUUGAGAUGGUCCCACAGCCGCAUAUGGGGAUGCCGGAAUCGGAAUCACCGCUGACUACAAACCCCUCCCCAGGAAAUGUUGGUUUGCGGUCCUCGAGGGUCGCCUCGCCAGCGGGAUCUCACGUCGAGCAGCAAGCGCCCAGCUCAGUCGCGAGGACCAACGCCGCCGCUUCCGAUGGGAAUUCGAGCGAUGAGGACGAGCCCAUGGAGACCGGCGAAGACUGGGCGGUCGGCGACACAAGGAAACGCCGCGAAGACGAGAUUGAGCUCUCCGGCGACGAGCGCGCGGCGAAGAGGCAUGCGGGCGAUAUCACCUCAGGUGAUGAAGAUGCGGACGGCAGCUCCGACGACGAGGCGCAACCUGCGCCGGCUCCCGCAGCUGUCAAUCGCCAGAAUGCCGCUCGUUCUGGUCGAGCUCGCGCCGCCGGCACCAGUACUGCCGUGGCUGCUCGACGCGCCGGUCCUCGUACGCGUUCGCGUCGAUCUGGGUAG